AUGGAGGAUGAAGAUUCAACAUCUAAUCCAGGCCCAAGUCGCCCUUGCCCUGGAACUCCAAAAAAGACUCUGGCGAGACGGAAUGAGUUAUCGAGGGAUCAAAAAGAAAAACACAGGGCUCAGAAAUACCGCGCCGAUUGGGAAAAUCUUGAAGUUUUCAAGCAUUGGCUGAAACCCGGCAAAAGUGAAUACAAAGCAAAAUGUAUUGUAUGUGAUUGUGUAUUAUUAUCCGAGUAUAGUGUAUUAAAAAUCCAUUCCACUAGGCAAAAACACCUUAAAGCUCUGUCUAAUGCUAAAAUUGCAAACAAGCAACGUAACUUGAUGACAAAUUUUGUCACUGAAAAUCCUGUUGGGAAAAAUAAAUUGGAAUCUAAAAUAGAACUAAUGCUAUCAGCUUAUAUCGCCGAACACAAUAUUUCUUACAAUUCUAUCGAUCAUCUGACUGAUAUUAUCAAUGAUAUAUUGUAUGCCUUUGAUGUCAAACAUAAAAUUUCUCUGAAGAGAACGAAGGCAACUGCAGUAACAACGGAAGUCAUCGGCAAAGCAGAAAAGUCAAUGUUGACUAGUGUUUUGACUACACAAAAGUUCAGUACUAUAUGCGAUGAAUCAACGGAUAUUAGCACUCAGAAAGCUUCGUGUAUAGUUGUGCGAUAUUUUGAUAAGGACAAGAAGCAAGUCGUUAGUAAAAUGUGGGAACUGUGCAAGGUAUUUGACUCAGAAAACCCUGAUAUGGUCAACCAAGGUGCCACAGAUGAAGAGAAACAAUCUAAGAAACAAGAGUAUGAAUUACAUCUUAAGGAAAAGAAUUGGUCUCGUAUUGAAAAAGAAAAAGUUAAGACCACAUCAGUCAUCACUGAAGUCAGUGUUACAACGGGAACGCCAGUAUUUGAUUAUUUUCCUAUAAUGAGAAAUGCUCAAGCCCAGCUAUCAGUUCUGCCUCAGAAACCGUUAUAUGAUCAUGCAUUGCCGUUGAAAAAGGCUAAAUACAACGAUGUUAUGCAGUUGGUAAAGAACUAUGGUCCACCAAAUAAACUAUAUUUCUACAGGGCCCUUAAAAGUGAAGCUGUCGGACCAACAGAUGAUAUUUCUAGCGAAGACGACGAUGAUCAAGCUGAACUCCCCGAGCAUGAUAAUUCUGAUCGGUCAGACUGCAGCUUGCUGAGUUUGGAUAGUCAGAUGCACAAUAAAAACAUUUCUAAUGAUCCUGGCCCCAGUUACCUUGACCACGGAGAUAAUCUGUCAAGUUUAAUACAGUUAAGUGAUCUAGAGCCUACAGCUUCUACAUCUAAUACUCUCAAACCUAGCCACCAUGACCUGGAUAUCGAAGUAUCGUAUGAGCUGGAGUCAAAUUACCUUCAGGCUACUGAUUAUGACACAAAAGAUAGUAUUACAAUUAAAAGCUUUAGAAAGGUUCAGUCUGAUCCUAUGUUAACAGAUCAGAAUUAUGUUGCCGUGAGUGAUCGUGAUAGUCCUUCGAUUUUGUUAAGCUUUACAGUUGAUGAUACAGAAAAUUUAAUUGAAACAGAUGCGAGUAGAGAGAAUGAUUACCACCCUCCAAACCAUGCCCGUGAUAAUUCAACAGAAUCUGAAAUAGAAUUUGGUAACAUGAACCAAGGUCGAAAGCGGCGGCACAUAGCUGAACCUAAGCAUUGGAAAAGAAAUUUGGCAAAAAUACGUAGAAUGAAAGGUGAGGAUUUUUUGGGAUAUUCUAGACCCGCAAACGGAAAGUUUAAACAGGAUACGUUAAGGAAUGCUAGGAGGUUGGGAGAGAGAUCACCUUCAGCUUCUCUGGUACCAAAUACAUCACAGCAAAGUGUUGAAAGUGACCUUCUUGAUGUAACAGAUGAUGAAGAAACACGGAGCCAAGAUGCAUUAGAUGAAGGGACGCUGGGAAGAGAGCCUGACAAUUUUGAUACACAAGAUGAAAGACAAGGCGAAGAUCAGCACCAAGAAGAAUAUGACCAAGAAAAAUCCCAGCAAAUUGAAAACGAUGAAGAAAAGGUGCAUGGCACUACUCAUUUCGAUGUUGCUACUUGGCCAACACCAAUGCCUGAUGAUCUGAGAGUUGAAAUUGUUAAAGCGGGAAGUGAACCCUAUCAAAACAGAGAUGGUCCAUUUGUAGACACUGUCCAAAGAUCUGGAGAUAAAAUAAAAGGAAAGAGCCGACAUUUUCAUUCAGAAUGGUUUUAUAAAGCGUUACCAAAUGGAGAAAAAGUACUCAGAAAAUGGACGUGGAAAGAGCUAUUUCCUACGCAACUGAGAAAUGUGAAGACUUGGAUAUCUCAGUUGAAAGAAGAGGAAGGAGGAGAUUCCGAAAACGAAUGCCAGGAGAAAUGUCCCAAGAUGUUGGACUAA